GGCGGAAGCGCGGGCUCCCCGAGUCACGUGACCGAGGGCGGAAGGGGGCGGAGCGCGCGGGACGUGCUGCCGCGUAGUCGCCGGCUGAAUGGGCGGUGGCAGAGCAUGUGUGAUCCGCUGAGGCUGCAGCUUGCCAGGGACCCAGAGGUUGCAUGCCUCUCCCCGGCCGGACCGUAAAGCCGGGGGCUGCGAGGACGCGGCGGCGGAGGAGGAGGCAAAGGGCAGCUGGAGGUAGGCCGGGCGCCCCUUUCCGAGGGUGAAGGGCCCCGGCUCCGCGGGGGUCAUGGCAGCGCUGGCCGAUAGAGUACGAGGCAGAGGGCGCAUCGCCGCCGGGCUCCUGCUCAACCUAUUGGUGUCCAUCUGCAUCGUGUUCCUCAACAAAUGGAUCUAUGUCCACUACGGCUUCCCCAACAUGAGCCUGACCCUGGUGCACUUCGUGGUAACUUGGCUGGGCUUGUACAUCUGCCAGAAACUGGACAUGUUUGCCCCUAAAAGUCUGCCGCCUUCCAAGCUUCUCCUCCUGGCCCUCAGCUUCUGUGGCUUCGUGGUCUUCACCAACUUAUCUCUGCAGAACAACACCAUAGGCACCUAUCAGCUGGCCAAGGCCAUGACCACGCCGGUGAUCAUAGUCAUCCAGACCUUCUGCUAUAAGAAAACCUUCUCCACCAAAAUACAGCUCACGCUGAUUCCUAUAACUGUAGGUGUAAUCCUAAAUUCUUAUUACGAUGUGAAGUUUAAUUUCCUUGGAACGGUGUUUGCUGCUCUUGGUGUUUUAGUUACAUCCCUUUAUCAAGUGUGGGUAGGAGCCAAACAGCAUGAAUUGCAAGUAAACUCGAUGCAGCUGCUGUACUACCAGGCCCCGAUGUCAUCUGCCAUGUUGCUGGUCGCCGUGCCCUUCUUUGAGCCGGUGUUCGCAGAAGGAGGAAUAUUUGGUCCCUGGUCAGUCUCUGCUUUGCUGAUGGUCCUGCUCUCUGGAGUAAUAGCUUUCAUGGUGAACUUAUCGAUUUAUUGGAUCAUUGGGAACACUUCACCAGUCACCUAUAACAUGUUUGGACACUUCAAGUUCUGCAUUACUUUAUUUGGAGGAUAUGUUUUAUUUAAGGAUCCAUUGUCCAUUAAUCAGGGUCUUGGCAUGUUAUGUACACUAUUUGGCAUUCUUGCCUAUACCCAUAUUAAACUCAGUGAACAGGAAGGAAGUAAGAGUAAAUUGAUGCAACGUCCUUAAUUAGGUUUUCAUAAAGAAAAGAAAGUCGCCUGAAGAAGAUAAAAAAAAAAGUAUUAAGUGUGCAAGUUACUUUCAAAGAUGAAACAAAAAUUAUAUUGCAAAAUACAUUAAAUGAUGGUUUGAAAGAAGUUAAGCAAAGGAAAUUUUAUUCAUAAAUAUGACUUUCUUGGGACUUACCUGGUGGUCCAGUGGUUGGGACUCCACGCUUCCACUGCCAAGGGUGCAGGUUCGAUCCCUGGUCAGGGAACUAAGAUCACACAAGCCGUGUGGCACAGCCAAAAAUUUUAAGUAAAAAUAAAAUAAAUAUGACUUUCUCUUUUACAGUACCUUUUUUAAAAAACGUAAUUCUCUAAAACAUGGCUCAUGCUUCCUUUCAAAGAUGAUUCUAUGAAGUACACAGAAUGUUUGGUUAUAUCAAAUGAAGUACAUGAAAUUAAAGUUCUGUAAUGGUGACAAAGGAAUUCAGAUCACUGUACUACAAACGUGUAGUGGUUUUUAAGGAAGGGCACGUAGGACUCCCCUACUUGCUCUUAGGUGGUCCCCAAUGUGAGCCCAGUUAUAAUUUAGGCCAAAGUAUUCAAGUCAGGAUUUAAAGCUAGCAUUUCUAUUGAUAUUUUCGUUGUUUUAGUAUAACUUCCUGCUUUUUUCAUUUAUAGAUAGGAAAUAACAUUUCUAGAAAGCAAAGUGUAGUAAAGGGGACCAUAAGCCAAAAUCCGGUGCUAAAAGUACCAUUUCUCUAGUAGAAAAUUGAUGUAAGAAGUUAGAUGUUAUCCAAAAAACUACAGUUUCUGUAGGUAUUUUCUUGUUUUGAGCUCUUGGUGGACUCUAGAAACUAUACAUGAAGUUAAAAAACAAAACAGCUCCAUGUUUAAAUGGCUCAAAGAAAGGACUACGGGAGGAAUUGAGCAGGUUUCUUCUUAUCCUGGUGACUGUUCUUCUGGCCUCUGAGCAUUUCGUGUUGGUAAUUUCUUAAGACUACCUUCCUGUUGUCAUUCCCUACCCGCCACGUGUGAGGCAUCCGCGGAGCUUUCUUUGGCACUGAAGGAUUUGGAGUGAACUAUGUCAGCCUUUCUAAGGGGGCUGAGGAAAAUCCUUGAGCAGCAAGUCAAGGCAAAUGUACUCAAAGACUAAGCAGAAGCUUGAUGAAGAUACGAGGAAAGAUUUGAGAGAGAAGUAGAGAAACAGUCAAUAUUUAACAAGUUCCAUGAAUUUUUUAAAGGGAUAAUUAAAAAAAAUGUUAUGGGGGGAAUACAUGAUACUUAAGGAAAUAAUUGUGCCACCUAUUUAAUUGCAAAAUCUACUUCUGCCUUCCAACAUUUGACAUUUGAGAAUUCAAAGCAGUUGUUGAUAACCUCUCACCAUAAAUUGACUGAAACAGGUAAUCCCUCUUGUAAUAAAUAAUUCUUUUUCUAAACAUUGUUUAGAAACUUCAGGUGAGAACACAACACUUAGGAGGACAAAGAGCCACGUGUAUAAAAUAUGCCGUUUAGGAUUAUUUUUUUCCUGGCCUGUUUGAAGUGAAAAGCCUCACUGAAAAUCUUAUUUUGACAGAAUUUCAAUGUAUCGGUCAAUCUGUUGUGUGAUUUUUAUGUGUGGUUUUCUGUUUUUGUUUUAAAUACAUUUGGUUCUUCUCUGUUUCCAAAGAUACAUUUUAUUGUGCUAAGAAAUACAAAGCAGAUUGUCUUGCCAGAUGGACCUCAGGAGUUAUGUUUGUCUAAGAAAUGUUCUCUGUGUAUGUUUAAAUUAACAUAUAAUUAUUUCCCCAAAGCUGGAGAAAAGUAUUUCAGAGGAUUAUGCGACUUCUGUGCACUAACAGCUGAGUUGAUUUGUGCCAUGUACAAAUUCUUCUUAACUGUAAAUACAACUUGGGGAGGGGAUUUAUAAUAAAUGUUGGGGGAGAGUUAUAAUAAAUGACGGAUGUCAAUAAGAAUGCAAGGAAGGUUGGAACAAGACAGCAUGGGAGGGUACGUAUUUAUAAGUGAAUAAAAUAUGUACUCCUGGAACUAGAGUCUGAUAAACAGUUUUUGCCCUGAAGACCAUCUUCCCAUUGAAAAGGAAAUUCCUGGGGGAAAAAUGUACCAGACCAUAAGGACCAACCAUAGAGACAAACCAGAAAUGCAGUGCUAUGGAAGAAAGCAUGCUGGCUGUCCUUUUGUUACGGAUGUAACUGCAUUUGUUUUUUAUUGUAUGUUCGAUGACUGGACUUCAGCUGUUACCUGUUAUAAAUAAAGAGAACCUGAUAUUUUUACUUUCAA